CCCACACCGCCUCAGUCACAUUGGUCUCACACCGCUCUGGCCCUACUUUGCUGGUGCAACAUGUAUAGCAAGUUAAGUUUUGGGGAAAGAAUAAUACUUCGAAAAAUAGAUUCUAGAUGAAAAGGGAUCAAAGUUAAGGUAGAAGAAAUAGACAUUCUUCCUGCCCACCAUUUGGCUAUUUUGUCAUCGUUUUAGAAUUGUCUAAUCAUGUAGAGAAGUGAUGGGAGUCAAGUUUAUUCUACGGGAUGCCAUACGCCAUGUUAAGAUAAAGACGACUGUGUUUAACAUGCUUAAGCGGUUGGACAAAAUCCGGUUCCGGGGCCAGCGGACAGAUGUGUUUCUGGAUCUGGGCGACUCGCCCAACACAUCUGACACUGAAUGUAGCGAAGAGAUUCUGAUGAAGCCUCGGCCCUCACUUGAAAUGAAAGACACUGAAGAACUGCAAGACCCUGCUGGUCCAGGGACACUUACGAUGCCUGCUGCAGCCAUCCAGGACUACCAGAGGGCUGAGACAGAUCGACUCAACGACUUGAAAGGCCACCUGGAAGUUGCCUUACUGGAAAAGCACUUCCUACAGGAAGAGUUGAGGAAACUUCGGGAAGAAACCAACAUAGACACUCUGAAACAGGAUUUGGAGAAGGAGAGAUCGAAGAGGCUGGACUUGGAACAUAAACUGAACUUGGAUGUUCUCAAAAUGGGACCGGAAGAUUCCCCAUCACGGCGACCCAGAGAAACGCCUCCAACUGCCAACGGUACAGGUAAGCCAGAAACAGACAAGCAGAAGGAGACCAUGUACUCAUGGCUGCAGGCGUGGCUGUACAACCGGUUCGGAGCGUACAUCGGGGAUUUCCGUUUCCAGCCGGAGGAGAACACAGUGGAGCCAGAGGAGCCGCUAAGCGCUAAGAGAUUGACUGAAAACAUGAGAAGACUCAAGCGAGGUGCCAAACCUGUCAUAAACUUUAAGAGGAACCUUUUUGCCUUAUCCAGCUGGCAAUCAGUGUAUACGUCAGCCUUCGCCUUCAUUAUCUAUAUGAAUGCAGCGUGGCACGGUUGGGCCAUCCCCAUGUUUAUCUUCCUAGCCAUUCUAAGGUUGUCCUUGAAUUACCUAAUUUCCAGAGGUUGGAGGAUCCAGUGGAGUAUUGUGCCUGGGGUCUCUGAACCUGUGGAACCACCAAAAGAGGAUCUGACUGUUUCAGAGAAGUUCCAGUUAGUUCUUGAUGUAGCUCAAAAAGCACAGAAUCUUUUUGGAAAGAUGGCAGAUGUCUUGGAGAAAAUAAAGAACCUGUUCAUGUGGGUGCAUCCUGAGAUUACUCGGAAGCUUUACGUUGGUCUAUGGGUGGCCUUGAUCUGCUCCUGUCUCAUCCCCUACAAACUCAUGGGCUUUAUGAUCGGGCUGUAUGCAGGGAUCAAGUUCUUCCUAAUCGACUUCAUGUUUAGGAGCUGUCCCAAACUAAGGGACAAGUAUGACACGCCGCACAUCAUUUGGACCAGCCUGCCCACUGACCCCCAGCUGAAGGAGCGCGGGGGCGCGACGUUGUCCAGACGGCUCUCUGGGUGUGAAAAGAUCCAUCCGACGGUAGCUCACGGCAGUCUAGGAACAGCCUUACCAUGUGGUAUCAGUCUAGAGGAACAGACUGGCAGAGCCUACAAUACUAAGAAGGGGGCUUUCCACGAGGUCUUCAAUCUUUCUGGGGAUGAGCGCCCCCUGGCAGUGUGUGAGAAUGGCUGGCGAUGCUGCUUGAUCAACAGGGACAGGAAGAGUCCCACAGACUACAUCCGUAAUGGUGUGCUCUUUGUCACUGAAAAUUACCUUUGCUUUGAAAGCUCAAGCUGCAGGUCAAAUUCCUCUAAAAAGAAUAAAGUCAUCAAACUGAUUGACAUCACUGAUAUUCAGAAGUACAAAGUCUUGUCUGUAUUACCUGGAUCUGGAAUGGGAAUCUCCAUAGCAACACCGUCCACCCAGAAGCCGUUGGUGUUUGGUGCCAUGAUCCACAGGGACGAGGCCUUUGAAGCCAUCUUCACACAGUACACGAAGAAAGUGACCAUGACCACAGCCACCAACCCUGAGACCUAACAUACCAAAAUGGCUGCCUUCACCAGGGAUGUCCUAUACUGACACAGCGAGUUCUCUAUGUAGUACACUGCUACUGGCCAAUUAGUAUAUCUGCAAGUAUGUUAAGCUAGUGUCCAUGCCAAGGUGGUGGAUUCCUCCACCAAGCCACAUUAGGUUAGUAUGUGAGGAUGGUAUCCACUUGAUCUGAGGCCUGGUCCAUCACUAUAAAGCCCAAGAUCUUUGUAUCCUCUCGCUGAUAACCACAACUUCUCAUUAGGUCUAAGGGACUACAACUGGACCCGCACACCAUCGCUGACUCCUACUGGUUCGGUCGAGGCUAUUGCAUCUGGGGAAGUAGCCUUUUGAGCCAAGAGAGCACACUUGUCUUAAUUUGCUGUUGUUCUGUACUCGGGUAAUAGCUUUUCAAGUCUCUCUCUUUUGUUGUCAGUUUUUCUUUUGUACACGCGUGCGUAGUGUGCACAUGCGUGAGAAUGUGUGCUGCUAAAAAGCGUGUGUGUGUGUGGUGGGGGGGGUGAUAAUUUUAUGGUCAACACUGUUGUGCUGUUUCAGGAGGAGGCUGGAUCUCUUUGCCUAUCUGAGAGGACUGCCUGGCACUCCCAUUUUGUGUAUCACACACAUUGAUGCUAUUUGCUUCAAUUGUUGCUCUCCUUCAAUAGGAUGCAUUUGGUUUGAUAUAGAUAUCAUUGGUGGCCUUGCACAGGUCUUAACUCACAUUUUGUAAAGUGCACCAGAAACCACGUUUAUGAAUACCUCGAGCCUUCAUGUUUCUCAGUUAAUGAAAGUGCUUUAGAUAUCAUUUCUGCAAUAGCCUUUAGGUGUAAGUGUUUUAUUUAGCCUUUUUUUCUGAGAGAGGAGGGACGGAACUGGAGUCAUUUAAUGAUGAGCAGCCAAAAGCCUGAAGUUAUUGUAGUCUAUAUCUUUCUCGCACACAUUUUUGUCUCGGCAAAGAAAAGGUAUGGAUUUACAUGUCCAGGUUAAGGAGUUAUAAUGCAUUCAUAAGCACCACAUAAACAUGACCUAAUGUCAACAUAGUCUUUCUGAAGCCUCAGAGUACAUUUAUUAUGUAGAACAAUAUGUGACUUGUAAUAUGUGACAUUCUACAUAACUAAUUGGUUCAGUAAAAACGAUAACUUAUGUAGGUUUUGUGGAAUGCUUAUGAAUGUACUGUAAGUACUUUAUGGGACAGAUUUCAUGUAAAGCAAUUCCCCAAAAAAUCAGGAGCCUUUUCUACACUUCCUUGUUCCACCACUCUCAAUGCCUUACCUAAUUCUCUCACAGAUUUAGGCCAGGAUUCAAACCAAUGCAGCACUGCACUUUCGACUGACUCUGACGUGUAACUUCAGGUAAAUUGCCAUUGGAUCACGCAUCCACAUGUUCUUAAAAGUCGAGUGCAGUGCAAUGCCGGUUAUUUGUGUUAGUUUGAAUCCCAGACAAAAAUGUUGGCAGUAAAGUUUUCUUUUUGGUUUUGACAGCAAACGGGAAUGGGGUUUAUAUUAAAAUGCUAGUAACCUUGUCAAGAGGUUCGGACCUCUUGGUGUAAUGGUUAAGGUGUUGGCUUGAAGGUCGCUGGACCCGGCUUUGAGUGCCAGUCGGGGCUACCCCCUGAAUUUGCUAAAUUGGUGUCAGAAGUGGGAUGGUGUCUGUGAGGCCAUCGGAGAGGCGUGUACACCUGAGGGACUUGGUAUAGAGAAAGUAUGGGGGGGGGGGGCCCUCUCCCGAAGGAAGGGGGUAAUGUAGCGUCCUUAACCCAACACCUUGCGACCUCGUCAAGAUGUUCGUAGCUCUUGACGUAACGGUUAAGGUGUUGGCUACAAUAUGUUCUAGUUGAGCACAUGCUAGGGAGGCUAACUGGACAUUUGCUUGAUGCCUUUUAGUCUACACCAAGUAAUUUAGGUAUCUCACUCGCCAAGCCCCUCAAAAAAAGUUAGAUCUACUUAAGAAGCACAGAAUGUACUGUAUGUGUGCCAAAAUCUUUACUUUAUUUCACUGCUUGUCAUUUAGUUAUUUCACCCUAUAUCUGUAAUGUUUACAGAUGUUAGGUUCUGAACUCCACUGCUUUAAGUCAGUUUGAUUCCUUGUAAGACUAUGAGGUCAUGAAGACUGACCGGGUACGUCUUGUGAUGGAGAACUUCUGAAUGCUGAUAAACCUGAGUGGUCACAUCUCAGCCAAUCAAAGACUUCCCCUGGGUUUAGCCACACUCUUUGCCCGUGGAUGGUGAAUUGAAAGGUGUCAAUUCGUGGAGUCAUGUUGCUUCCAAAUCUGUUUGAAUCGCCACUCGCUAAACAAUGUCAAUGUAUGGCAUGGCCGUCAACUUGAAGAUGGAAAAUCCUCAUUGUAGUACCGUGUGUGUCCCAAAUGAUCAAAUGUGUUGUAAAAAAAAAAAAAAAAAAAAAAAAAAAAAGCCUUGCUAAUCAAUCAUGCCCUUGUUGAUCGAUCAUCCUUUUCGUUGCUUGCUAAUUCCCAGUAUGAUGGUAAUGGCUUCACCAAGUCUUCCGGUAGGUUUUUUUGUGUAGUUUCUGCCACACUGUUAUGCUCACCUACCAUGUCAUUUCCCAAUAGUUGAGGAGGAUCAACACGGGACUGGAUACAUUUUCAGAGGAGGAUGGAUAUUGUCUCUAUGGUUCUGUGUCAGAGGGGGAGAGAUUGUUUCAACCACUGAGGCUUGCCAACUGAAAACUGCAGAAGUAAUCAUGUGGCCUCUGUGUUAAACAAGUACAGGGCCUUCAGAAAGUAUUCAUACCCCUUGACUUAUUCCACAUUUUGUUGUGUUGCAGCCUGAAUUAAAAAACAUAAAAAUUAUCUCACCCAUCUGAACACAAUACCCUAUAAAUGACAAAGUGAAAACAUGUUUUUAGAAAAUGUUGCAAAUGUAUUUAAAUGAAAUGCAGCUUUCCACACCUUGUUUGUGCAACAGUUGGCAAUUUUUAAAAGUUGUUUGUUUACCUAUCUACCAAUAAGUGCCAUUUGAGAGGCAUUUGAAAACCUCCCAGGUCUGAUGUCGAAUCUUUAUAUGAAAUUCAUUGCUCGAAUUAGGGACCUUAGGCUUGCCCUAACAAAGGGGUUGAAUACUUAUUGACCCAAGACAUUUCAGUUUUUCAUUUUUUAUUAAUUUGUAAAAAUGUCUAAAACGUUGACAUUAUGGAGUGUUGUGUGUAGGCCAGUGACAAAUAAAUCUAAAUUUGAUCCUUUUUAAAUUCAGGCUGUAACACAACAACAUGUGUGAAAAAGUCUAGGGGUGUGAACACUUUCUUGAAGACCUAUUGUAUUUAUUUGAAAUCAAAGUACUUGUUUGCUAAUUCAUUUUUCAUAAUACCUUCCCAAUCAAUAUGUAACUGUUUAGGAACGAUAGAUAACCAGUUACAGUAGGUGUGAAUACGUCUUUGUAAUCUGCAGUGUCCACUGCCCUCCCAAAAAAUUGUACAUAUGAAAUUAUGUAAUGAACACAUUUUAAAUCCCUGUAAAGUUUUUAAAGAAAAUUGUUUAGUGUAAAAUGUUAUGUACAUUUUCACUUAAGUAAACACAUUUUAAAGUAA